CCUGCACGUUUUCUCAACAAUCACGUCCAUCCCACGGCCUCCUAUGCCUGCGCGAUCGUCAAACAGCGGUAUAUUAGGUAGGGGACACGGCCUCGGAAGGUCUGUCCAUGGUCAAUCUCGUACGUUGGGCCAUGCCGUCAACUGAUUUGUAUGCACAACAAGCGUGUGAACGCGAACCUCAGCGGCCGCGAACACCUCGGAACCCGCGCGCGCAGAAACCUCUCCCUCAGGAACAGGCCACUGGCCACACUAGUGUUCGCUAAUUAUUCGCCAGACGUAACGGGUGCAGGCACUCACGGUAUUAUCGCUCGGUUAUCCGCCACCGCAAGUUGAGGUCUGGGUCAAGGUCCCAGCGAGCCAGGCGAGGAGGAGGUUUCAAAAGGUGAAAGAGCGUGGUUAUCGUCCGCAGGAGGAUCCUCGUGUUCUCGAUCACUAUGUUGAGGACGGCCCCAGGACAGGAAGACUUGAGGAGAUGACUGAAGAGGUUGAACAAUGUGUUCUGGCGUUCGUUGACAAGGACCGAUCAGGUAGAGAGAAAUCCAGCGACGUUUUAGCCUAUGGAUCAGGUAUCAGCACGUCUUCCGUUCUACGCGUUCUGCGCAAGAAUAACCUCAGGGGUGUCAAACCCACGAGCAACCCCGGUCUGUCGAGGGCCCAGCGUUCACUUCCUGCGCUUGCAGGACUGGACACUGGAGGAUUGGAAGGACGUUCUCUGGACCGACGAAACCUCGGUUGUGCCAGGGUACACGACGGAGGCAGGGAAUCUGGCGGCGAGCGGACGAGGCCUUGACAAAGUCAGCUAUCCGCAACCGCCGGAAAGGCUUCUCUGAGUCCAUGUUCUGGGGCUGUGGUACUUACGGUCUGCAAGGGCCUUAUUUUAUCCGGUAUCCUGAGACAGGCAAAGAGCGUCAAGAGGCAACCGAACACGUCGCGAACGAUCGCACAAGGAACUGGAACCGAUCAAGAAGGAGGAGUGGGAGGUGUGGACAGGAACGAGACGACUAGGCCUGAGGUAUCAAGGUGGUAAAAGGCCAACCUGGCGAUUUACAGAGCCCAAUGGCAAGUUUGGUCAGGAAAGGUGAAGGGGGCAUCGACCGGCGUCGCUACAUCAAGAAUCGUAAUCGAGUUCAUCGUUGAGCCAUUGAUUGUCCCGUUUGCGCAGGAGUGCCCGACGUCGCGGCUCGAGACGAGAGUCCAGGAGGACAACGCAUCAUCUCACGCCGACUGGUCUGCGCAACGAAUCUUUCAACGUCAUCGAAUUCCUCGUCUCCCGCAUCCUCCCCAUUCACCGGACUUAAACGCCCCAGAAAUGGCCUGGUCAUGGCGCAAAAAGGCCACGACAUCUCGCCGUCCUCCGCCGUCGGAUCAACGAACGGGAAAAGGCCUGGAAACAGCGGGGGAAGAGCCUGCCGCAGGAGCAGAUUUCGGCUGUGGAUAGAGGGCAUUCCACGUAAUAUUCAAGAGAUUAUACGACUCGAGGGUGGCAACGAGUACAAGGAAGGCCGAGAUACUAGGCGCAGCUACAGAGGCUACCGUAAGGUAGGCCAUUUACACAAGCACAAGUACCUACAGGAUUACAGGGCAGGCGACGGCGAGGUCGAACAAGUAAACCUGCCUACCGCAGGCGUAGCCGAAUGGCCAAUCCACAGAACACCUAGCGAUCGAGAUAAUCAACAGGACAGCGAACAGGACAGCGAACGAUCACAGUUGUGGCCGGGACAGUGGCCAGGACACCGAUUAGAUCACACAAAAUGGUGA